AUGGCUAUCCUACUUAUUUCUCUCCAAAAAAUCAAAAUCUUGUUCGUUGCUGUAUUUUGUGUGGCGAUCUGUUCGUUGAUCUAUUUCCGGCAAGGGGAUUGGAUCAAGUUGGAUGGGAAUAGGGGUGAGUUCUGAACAUCCAAAAACCUUUUUAAGAUCUAGGAAUCUGAAAAUAGAUACGUGAAUUUUGUCGAUGGAGCGCACAAAACUCGUUUUUUAAGGCUAUUUUUCCAUGUCAUCAUUCUUGAAAAAAAAAAUCAUAUUUAUUUUGAAAAAACUCAAAAAUUCUCAUGUUAUGUAGGUUUCUCUUUGGAGCGCGUUUCACUAUCGUAAACGGUUGUUCUUCUUCUUCUUCUUACACCUUUGUACCGCUUGAGCGGCGUCGGCGCCCCAAGUCGAUUCGCCGAGGUCCUAUCCUGAUAUCAGUGGACUGGCUCCAGUGACAUAUCCGUCCUUGUGUGCGACGGCUGGGGAUUAUGAAGCCGUGGUUUUCUUACGACCAACAUUUCUUAAACCCCUUGGUUGGGUCGGGGCGGGGAUCGAACUUGUGAACCUGUGGACCGUAGACAGGCACACAACCUGUUGCGCUACGGCGCGCCCCAUCGUAAACGGUUAUUUUUUAAUUUUUUUUCCAGUCAGAGCUCCACCACAACUUUCCCCGUAUCGAAUAUUCAUUUCGGAAGCUCACAAAUUCCCAAAGAACUUCAAUAUAUUCGAAACUUGCCCCAAAAUAAAGGUUUUCAGACAUAUUUAUAAAAAAAAAUCAAAACAAUUUUCAGAAAUUUUGUGAAGUAUCAACUGAUUUUUUUAUCAUUCUGACGCGGUUGUAUAUCAUAAAGAUGACAUAAAAAAAAUGAAAAAUAUCGAGUCGGACCUAUUGGAUUCUUCUGUUAUCCAAGUUUUUAUGGUUCGAUGAAGCUCAAGAUGCUUGAGUUUCGAUGAAAACGUCAGUGGUACGUAUGUUUUCCGUUUUUUUUUUCUCGACGAUACAUUUUUAGUAUCAAUUCAUUGGAUUAUGUCAUAUAAAGUUGGCUCUGAAGUUUAUUUUCCGAGGGGAUUCUUUCAUCAAGAAAAUUCUGUGAGUUUUCUCAAUUUUUCCCAACAAAAAUAUUAGUUUUAGAACCUUACUUUGGACAAUAUUUGGUCCAAAAAAGACGCCAAAAAGUCGAUUUUAUUCCUUAAAGGUUGUGGAGAAGAGCCUCAGGAGAAAUACGUCGAGUUUCUCGGAAAAAUGGGCCUCAAAGUUUGAUUCUUAUAAUGUUCUAGUUUAAAUUGAUUCAGAUUGAUCAUGUAGACGCCUGCCACGUCAAUAGCAACAUCAAUUACGAUGAAUUUGGGUGAGUUUGGCGCCACGGCCACUCGAAGAUCUCGUGGUGUAGUGGUUAUCACAUCUGUCUAACACACAGAAGGCCGGCGGUUCGAGCCCGCCCGAGAUCAAAUUUUUUUUGCCUUUUAUUCCAAAGACAUUUUCAGGGAAUAUAUGCUCAUCUUCGCGUUGGAAUCUAGUCAGUGUGUGUCUUUCAUAACGGAGAAGGUCUUUGACAUAAUGUCGAAGGCGAAAGCUGUGCCAAUAGUUCCUAAGUCAACAGUUUUUGCUGGACACCAGGUAUUCCCCGUUUUCGCAUCAAAAAGAAAGAUUUUAGACACCAAAAAGCUCGUAUAUUUCGAUAGAGGAAGGUGGUUUCAAGCAAAAUAUCGAGUUAGCAAUUUGGAACAAGACUGAGUACUUGAAGUAUCACGAGUGGAGAAGAACCAUGAGGUGAGAAACACCGUGGUCGCAUUUGGAAUGGUUUUUGAAGCGUUGCGGCUGAAGAAACUUUAUUUCAAAGUUUUGAGACGCUCUGAGCCAUUCCAAAUGCGACCAAAAACUUCCUAAAAAAUCAAAAACUUUGAGGCUCCUGCCGAAAUGGAACGAGUUCACUGGAUUCUGUUCUUUGUGCAAUAAAUUGAUAGAAAAUCAACGAAAACCUCUUUGGAACUAUUAUAAUAUUUAUGAUCUGAAAAAGUUCUUUACUUCAUUCCCGUGUGAAAAGGAUGUAUAUAAAUCUUGA